AUGGAUCACGAACUUGGAAGAGUCAUUGACGAGUUGGAUAACUUGGGCUUGACUAAUGAUACAAUUAUAGCCUUCUGGGGGGACCAUGGAUGGCAGUUGGGGGAACAUUCUGAAUGGGCAAAGCAGACAAACUUUGAAGAUGCCACCCAUGCUCCUAUGAUGAUCCAUGUUCCCGGAGUUACUGAUCAUGGCGUUGUCAUUGAGAAACUAACGGAAUUUGUUGACCUCUACCCAACACUCGUUGAGGCUGCAGGACUACCAAAACUUCAAGUGUGUCCACCAAACUCCCAGAAUGUCAGUCUUUGCACGGAGGGUACAAGCAUGGUGCCACUUAUGACAAACCCGACACUGGAUUCGUGGAAAACUGCAGCAUUUUCUCAGUAUCCCAGGUUGGGAAACGCACUUGAAGAAGACAUUGUGAUGGGCUACAGCAUGAGGACUGACAUGUAUCGAUACACGGAGUGGAUCAACUUCAAGGGAAGGCCUAUCUAUCAACCAUUGUGGGACCAGCUGAAGGGAGUGGAACUCUAUGAUCACACCAAAGACCCACAGGAGAACUGGAACCGAGCUUUUGAUCCAUCCUACAAAGACAUCAGGGUCGAGUUGUCUAGGAAACUGAAGACGGGCUGGAGAGGAGCUCUACCUAAACGACGCCCCUGA